AUGGACAUUUAUCUUUGGAUCAUACUCAUCCUUGUACACUACCCUGAACGAAUUCACGGGCUAAAAUUUACGAAGAACCCAGCGAACCUCACAGUAACCCAAGGUAACAUGGCCCGUCUGGGCUGUGCCAUUGAGGGCCUGAGCGAGCCAGAGAUUGUUUGGAUGAAAGAUGGAGAAAAGCUGUACAGCACAGAUCAGAUGUACAUCACUCUAGAGGCCCAUCACUGGGAGACCUUUCACAGUGUGAAGUCAGUCCAGCAGCAGGAUGCUGGGAAAUACUGGUGUGAGGUUGAACAUCACGGCACUAUGAUCUCCUCUGAGCCAGCCUGGAUCACAGUAGAAGGUGUGCCUCACUUUACAGAGGAACCCAAGGAUGUAGCUACAUUUCCAGGGGCUCCCUUUAACCUCACAUGUGCAGCUAUUGGGCCUCCUGAACCAGUGGAGGUGCAGUGGUGGCUGGGAGGAGUGCAAGGAGGAGACUACAGGCCCUCCCCUUCCAUUCUUUUUGUACCAGGUGUGAACAACAGCAUAAAGUUUUACUGUGAGGCCAAGAAUGCUAGAGGCAUUUCCGUCUCUCGAACUGGCACUGUACACAUUAAAGUACUCCCAGAUUCCCCUACGAAUAUUCACAUUAACCAGAUAUCUGAUAAUGUGACUCUGAGGUGGAGCCAAGGAUUUAAUGGCCAUUCUGACCUGUCCACCUGCACCAUUCAGAUGUCUAAGAACCCUGGGAGGAAGGUCAAACUUCCUGAACAGCAAGUUGCAGUGCCACCGUUCCAGCACACAAUUAGGGGACUUAGCAGUUACACCAACUACAGUGUGCGAGUCCGUUGUGACAAUGAGGUUGGCUCCUCCCGUUUUUCUCCUUGGGUGGACUUUCAGACUCCUGAAGCAGCUCCCUCUGCAGCUCCCAAGAACCUAACCUUUGAACUGACAGAACAGCAGCUCUCGCUGAUGUGGGCAGCACUACAGGAAGAGGAGCUGAAUGGGAGGCUGUUGGCCUAUAAAGUGCAAUGGAACCUAGGAGGUGACAGUCAGGAGCCGCUGCUGUUUAAGGAAAACUUUGCCCAUGUGUCUGGAGGAGACCGUUUUUUUAAUGCCACUUUCCAAGUGUCAGCGUGCACAGUGGCAGGAUGUGGGCCCUGGAGCCCGCCAGUUCUCAUUAUGCCAGCCUCAGUUAUGGAAGCUCAGACACAAAGAGGGCACAUGUGGGUAGGCCUGAUCUUAGGGCUGCUGGUGGCCACAAUGGUGGGGCUCCUCCUGACUGUCCUAGUACACCGAAGAGGCAAAGAGACCCAGUUUGGAUCUGUGUUCAAGCCUCCAGGGACAGAGAAUGUGGUGUCCUUCACAGCAGCAAGGUCCUUCAACAGGCAGUGCCCCGAGCUGUCAGAAUCCACUUUGGACAGUUUGGGCAUCAACGAUGAUUUGAAGGCCAAACUGCGGGACGUCCUCAUCCCAGAAAGGCUGCUUACCCUGGGCCAUAUGCUAGGCAAAGGUGAGUUUGGCUCAGUGAGAGAGGCCUUUCUCAAAAUGGAGGACGGCUCAGUGCAGAAGGUGGCAGUCAAAGUACUAAAGACUGACAUCAACUCUUCGAGUGAUAUUGAACAGUGUCUGAAAGAGGCUGCCUACAUGAAGGAUUUUCAUCAUCCAAAUGUCAUCCAGCUGAUAGGGGUGAGCCUGCACAGACGGCCACAGCAGCGGUUACCUAUCCCUAUGGUUAUCCUCCCCUUCAUGAAACAUGGUGACCUGCACACUUUCCUCCUUAUGUCUCGUCUUGGGGACAAUCCCUUUACCCUCUCUCUACAAAUGCUUGUUCAGUUCAUGCUGGACAUUGCUCGGGGGAUGGAAUAUCUUAGCAGCAAAAACAUCAUCCACAGGGAUUUGGCUGCUCGCAACUGCAUGUUGAAUGAGAACAUGACCGUAUGUGUAGCAGACUUUGGUCUUUCCAAGAAGAUCUACAGUGGUGAUUAUUACCGACAAGGGUCCGUCUCAAAGUUACCAGUGAAGUGGAUAGCUCUGGAAAGUUUGGCUGACAAUGUCUACACAACACAGAGUGAUGUGUGGGCUUUUGGAGUGACCAUGUGGGAGAUAAUGGCUCGAGGGCAGACACCUUAUCCUGGCGUGGAGAAUUCUGAGAUCUAUGAGUAUCUCAUCAAGGGGGAGAGACUCAAACAGCCACCUGACUGUCCAGACGACAUAUAUGAGAUCAUGCAUAGCUGCUGGUCUCCUGUCCCUAAGUGCCGUCCCAGUUUCCAGCACCUGAUAGCCCAGUUGGAGGGUUUGUGGGCCGGGCUGUCUCCAGCACCUACAAAGGAACCAUUGCUCUAUGUAAACCUGGAGGGUGAGGAGUUGGAACCAGACUCUGGGCUUGGGGCUGGGGCUGGGACCCUUAACACUGAGGAGCAUUCAUGGGGAGUGCCUUGGCAGUGCGUGGGAAUGGAAGAGGAUGAAAAAGACUGGCUCAUGGUAUCAUCAGGGGCUGCGCUGGCUAUCGGUGGAGAUUACCGCUAUAUUAUUGGGCCACGUGGUGCCAUAGAUGGCGAGAGCAGACAGUCGGAAGAUGGCCUCUCACAGGAUGUCAGGGAUGACGAGGAGGAUAUUAUCAUAAAUGUUUGAUGUGAUGUAUAUAUUUUUUGGGACUAUAGCCAGCCUUUCCUGACUCAACUAAUCACACAAACGACUUGUCAAGAGCAGGUGGCUCUGGGGAAAAGCAACAGAGUUCGUACAGGAUAAAGCGUCUUGGAAAUUCCUUAUAGACUAGGAGCAUUUAUGAGGUAGUGAAUAACAUAAAGGACAUGCUAACCACACUGUCCUGUGGUGCCACAUGAAUCUACAAUCACCUGCUAAUAACUUUGAAGUGAAAGCAUUUUAGAUAUUAACUCAUUUUCACAAGAUCAAGAUAUCAGGAUUUCACACUGGACUGCCACAAAAGUUCAAUACUGUACAUUUUAGCUUUAGCUUCAUUAACCUCUUUAAACCAGUGUUGCUGUAAGCCCUGAUUUAGGGUGUUUGUUCAGUGUUCAUCAUUUGUCUUGAUGUAUUUGUUCCAUCAAAAAUUUAUCAAACUAACAUCUUGCUUUUAGUUUAUCAUGAAGAAAGAUGGCUUGUUUUUCAAGAUCAGUAUUUUAUUGCAGGAUUUGUAUAUACAAGGAUGCAACAAGUUACAUGGGAUCACAGAUUUGGUACUUUAUAAAAAUGUUCUCUUGCUGUUCUCAGUUGUUGUACAUUAGAGUAAAAGGACUUGCUGCACCCAACAGGACACAGUCCUACCAGGCAUAAUAACCAUGUCCUAUUCGUGUUAUGAUUGCCAUGACCAGGCCCACAUUAGAGCAUUCUGUGAAUCAAUGGAUAUCAAGGGAUGUGAAUUUUUAAUGUGUUGAGAUGCCUUUUAUGGUAUUCUGAUGUUUAAUAGCUCCUCCUCCUCAUCAGAUAUAGCAGAAUUCAAGGUGGAAUGAUAUUCAGGCUUGUGGUGCUUUUAUAGGGCAUAUACUUGAUCGGCUCUCCCUGUACAUGUUGCUUUUUUCCUAUCCCUGUAUGUGUCUGACCACACAAAUUAACAUUUGUGUUUUUACCUGUGUUUGCACAUGAACUUUCAACAUUGGAAGUCAGUGUAUCUUUUAAAGUAUUUAACAUUUAUCAAUGAAUUUAUGAAUGAGAGGUAAACAUGUUACAAUGAAAUAAGUGUUGCAUUAUGUCUAAUCUACAGCACAAGUUAGAGAUUUUUAUUUGACUCAACGCACAUUGUUACAAAACGGUGAGGAAUAAGUGUAGAAUCAUGACAUCUAGAUUUUUAUUUGAAGGAAUGUACAGUAGUACAGUAACAGACGAAACACUUUUAUUUGAAUUAGUGUUGUGCGUAAAUUAAACCUGAAAAGCAUGGCGUUUAGAAUAAAAGUGAUGAAUGGGUAAUGUACAUCAGAUCAAUGCAGUAAAAUGUUGUUUUGAAUAGAAGAUCACAAUACGGCACACUUUGGGUGAAACUGGAAACGUACAAAACCUCAUACGGCACCUUUUGAAUAAAAUAAAAUUGUUUGAGCAGA